AUGAUCUUCCCCCCAGUCUUCCUAGUUUCCACAAGCUGGAAUAGCAACCAGAAGCUGCAGCAGGCAACUACUACUAGUAACAUUAAUAUUCCUUCAGCAUCAGCUGUUGUUGCUGGUGAAGGCAAUCUUCUCCAGUAUAGACAAGCCAUGGCCGCAGAAGCGCUUUACGAAGGAGGUGGAAGCCGCGAUGGUAGCGCCCCAGCAGCGCAAGCCAACGCCCAACCGAGGUCCAUGUCUGAGCGCUCCAAGCUGCUGAGGAUCCCAAAGCCAGAGCCAGGGCUCAGGUGCCCGCGCUGUGACUCCACCAGCACCAAGUUUUGCUACUUCAACAACUACUCCUUCGCGCAACCGCGCCACUUCUGCCCACUGGUGAUGACUUCGUCGUGCACCACAAAUGUCGUCCCGCUCGCGCCCACUCCACAACAAGCUACGGCGAGCAGCAGCGCGUCGCCGCUCCUGCCACAGUUGUACGGGCUCGCCAGCAUGGACACCCCGAAUGUUGGCUCGAAAUUUUCAUGGCCCGGGGCUGCUAAUCUGUUGGUGGACUCGGCCGGUGGGAGGGCUGUAUCGGAGUCGAAGAUGGAGCAGCUGUGGGGAACGCUAUCGCAGUCUUCGCAGAUGCACAGGCUCCCAGUAUUCUCGCACGCUAUUGAUCAGCAGCAGGGAAGGCCAGUUGCUGUGCCGGUGACAAUGACGACGCCGCCAAGCAUGUUCCACCCAGGGUUAUGGAGUGGAGGCGACGGAGACAUCUACAGUGAUGCGAAAGUCAGUUCCAUAUGA